UUGUUGCACAGCAGGUGGCGUUUAGUUUGGUCUACAAAUUUUCAGUUACACCCAAAUUCUGCAUAGAGCUGAAGGGCUAGAUUAAUACCCAGUCUGAUGAUUUGAAAAGAAAUCAAGGGAAACAGUUCCAUCAGUUUCUUUGCCGAUCUUUCCUUGGAGAGGAUAUCUAUAAUCUGGAGACAGAACUAACAGGAAAAGAAUUGCGAGGUUGUGUCCCCAAAUCCUUUUUGCAAGUCGCUACUGAAUCUGCCCCCUACACCCUUUCACGCGGAUGCUCACUGGGAGUUUGUGGUCUGAUCGGAUUUACAGUCAGUUAUCGAUUGGAAGCCAAUACAAAGUAAAGCCUAAACGUUUCAGCUCACCAAACAAGUGAGAUGCAAUCACCACUGGACCUGCUUAAUCAAAACACCAAUGCCUGAUGUUAGAACUUGACCACCUCAGGCAAAUGCAAGUAUCUGGUCUGAAUUUCUUAUCUGACAGCCCGAGUGCUUGGCCUCAACUAUUAAGAACUGCGAUCUGCAGUCAAAGGGCAGAAAAGCAACCAGUGCACAAGCAGACACACACAGCUUUCCAUUGCCAAAGUUCUUACCUUUGUCCAACGUGUACUGAUAAAUGUGUAAACUUUCCUGAAUGAAGGCCAGAGGAAUGCAUGUUGAACUGAAGGUGACUAAAACUACAUCUAUUGACCAAAACCACAAUGCCACUGCAGGAUCCAAGUUGUGUUCCACUGGAUUCUCCAAACAGCAGAUAAAGUAUGGCAGAUACAUUUUUGACACAUUGGGUCGAAUUGACUGAUUGUACCAAUGUAAACAAGUGUAAAUACUUAAAACACCAAAGCAUUACUUCUGGAUCAUUCAAAACAUAAUUUUUGAAACAUUUACUACUGCCUUUGAUGAUGGAAUUGCAACUAGUAUCACAAUUAUUACUAUUUUCCAAUGAAAGUGAACUAAAUGAAUCCAGUUACUGUAAUGAAACCUUACACUGUAGCUAUAUAACAGAAAACCAAAGCGACAGCCAUUUUUACAGUAUCAGCCUCUUUCUAUCUUGCUUGUAUACAGUUUUUCUAUUUCCCAUAGGCUUCAUUGGGAAUGGAUUAAUCCUAGUUGUAAACUUGAAUGAUCAUAAGAAAAUGACCAUCCCAGAUCUCUAUUUUGUAAACCUUGCCGUAGCUGACCUGAUCCUUGUAGCAGAUUCGCUCAUUGAGGUAUUCAAUCUGAAUGACAAGUACUAUGACAUAGCCAUUCUAUGUACCUUCAUGUCUCUGUUCCUGCAGAUCAACAUGUACAGCAGCAUCUUCUUUCUCACAUGGAUGAGCAUCGACCGGUACCUUGCCCUGGCACAGUCAAUGAAAUCUGGCACACUCCGAACCUUGCAGCACGCAAAGUGGAGCUGUAGCCUGAUCUGGUUGACAUCCAUCCUGGCUGCAAUGUUGCCAUUUGCUGUGGUACAAGCACACCACACGGGGGAAGUUCACUUUUGCUUUGCAGAUGUUACAGAGAUUCAAUGGUUGGAAGUAACCCUUGGAUUUGUCAUCCCAUUCUUUAUCAUUGGACUCUGCUAUUCACGGAUUGUGCGGAUUCUCACAAAAGCCCAGAAACACAAUCGUCUUUGGCCAAGACGUCAGAAGGCCCUUCGCAUGAUUGUUGUGGUUGUUCUGGUUUUCUUUAUCUGUUGGUUACCUGAAAAUGUUUUCAUCAGUCUUCAGCUCCUACAAGGCACAAAGGAUUCAUCAGUUUCCUUCAAGAAAUCAAUGGGGCAUUAUUAUCCGCUCACACGUCAUAUUGUCAACCUGGCUGCUUUUUCUAAUAGUUGUCUGAAUCCCAUGAUUUAUAGCUUUCUUGGUGAAACAUUCCGAGACAAGCUUCGCCUAUACAUGAAAAAGAAAGCAAACGUGUCUACAGUUUACCGGCUUUGCAACAACACUUUGAACUGGAACAUUCCUGUAACUGCAGAGGAAUCUUUUGCAUAGUAGAUGAAAUCGUUAGAAACACAAGUAUUUAAGAGAAGGCAGAAGGCCAAAAGUGCAUUCAACUUUCUUUAAUUAUAACUUGCAGUUUGGCCAGUUGAAAGCAAUGUUUCCAGAGCUAUCAACUUCAAAGUGAGUUGGUAUAACCACAAUAAUGGAAAUCAAUUCCAAGAUAAUCAAGAGGCGUUGGUUAAACAUGUUUGGGAUAUAGAUGGCAGCAACUUCUUUCUAUGUCACAUUCACCAAACUGUUUACUCAUAUGGAAACUAUCAACUAGCACUUGUUCAUGUUACUAUUUAAGGCUUGUAGUUUAAAGCAGAAUUAUAUUUAAUAAAGAUAUUAAAAGUCCACAAAAUAAGUCCUCUCCUAAUUUGGACAGAAAAUGAAAAACACAUUAAUUUUAUUAAAUUUUGCAUGGUUUGUAAAAUAAUUAUACCAUAAUUUCAAUAUGUACAUUCUAUUUUAAUUGUAAUGAUACAAACUAAGUUUGACAGUAUAUGUUUAGUUUUUAAAAGUCUGUAUUUGCUGAUCAAGCAUCACAACUUAACAGAAAAGCCUAAUGGACAAUAAAAAUGUCAGUGUUUGUGAAUGAAAAGUUCAUGGUGUUAUCAAGGUGAGACAUUCCAGCCAACAAUCUAAAGUCAUACCAACACCAAAUAACAAUACUUCAAACUAAACCAAAAACAUGGAUGAGGAGUUCAUGGAUGGAAGUCACUUAAAGUAUUAUAACUAAUACUAGGGUGAAUGGAGUUCAAUUUUCAAGUAACCUCCCAGUGAAAGAUAAUCAAAACUGCUCAAAAUAGAUUUGGCUUUUGUAAUUUAUGAAGGAGAAAAUAAGACAGAAUAAAAGAGAGAGGGUAAACAAAAAUACAAGUGGGAGAACGUGGGUAACAGAAGAAAAAGAAAACAUGAGAGGAAAGGCAAAAAGAAUCGAGAGAAAGGAAGGAAGUACCUACACAAAUAUGGUAACUUUUACAACCUCAGUGUUUCCAAAAUCAUUUAAAGCAUGUAUUUUGAGUAUGCACUGUUCCAAUAAAGGAAAUGCAGCCUGUUUGCACCCAGAAGCUCCUAUAAACAGCAAUAUGUGAAAUGAUUAAAUAAUUUCUGCUGGAGAAAUAAAAACAGAAAAUGAGAGUUCAUCAACCUUAAAUAUUAAUUUUGUUUUGCUAUCCAAAAUAAUGCAGCUGAGC